AUGUUAUUUCCUAAAUCACUAUUCGCUCUCCUCCCUUUGCUCUCCACUAUAGCCCUAUCCUCUCCUCUCGUCCAACAACGACAAAAUGAAUCGCCUAUUCUCCCCGAUGUGACUUUCACCAACGAUUUCCCAGAAGUGUUCUACGCCGGACAGACCAUCAAUUUAAGCUGGGAAGGGGGUGAUGGGUUUUAUGCAUUAUAUAGGAUCCAAUAUACCCAAGGUCAAGUAUCGGUUCGACCCGGGUAUUAUACACAUAACACCACUGAGACUUCCCUGACCGUUACUCUAGAUGACAGGGUAUUUCCCAAUACUACUUUGAACUUUGGUAUUUCAGAGGCCAAUCCUGAUGCCAAUGUUGAGCAGAAGUAUCAAUUGUCAGGUGCGAUUCCUCUAAUCCAAGCUUGA